CAGCCAUCCAUUCCAAGUUCUUUCUUUCUUUCACUUCAUUCAGUCAAUCUUUUCCAUUCCAAUAUCCAAUACAUCCCCCCCCCCUCUAGGGAACUUAACGAAGAUCUCCCGUCUACCAAAUAUGCUUUUGACUUAGCUUCAUUCCAUCCUUGUUUCCCCGUCUUCUUUCACUUAUCCAGAAAUUCAGUUUAACUCGCUACACGAACAACACCGCCAUGGUGCGCCUGUGGCCUUUCAAGGCCGAAGACGACUCUCCAGCAUCCUUCGAGAAAGCUCUAUCAGCCCUAUCCGAGAAGAUCACCCGAACCACCAACCGCCUCGACCUUCACCGGCAACACGCCCGCCGCUUCAAGGCCCUCUGGACCCUCUACACCACCUUCGCCUACCUCCUCUACUCCAUCAUCUUGGCUCUGGUGCUAGGAUGGCACAACUGGGGGAUAGCUGAAUACGCCGCCAUAGUCGGCGGGCCCAUCCUAAUCUACACCGUCCGCACAGGCGCCACACGGUACUACGACUACCGCAUCACCAAGACACAAGCCCACCUCGACUCCCUCCAGAAACAACGCGACGCCACCAUCGAGAAACUCAAAGAAGCCACCCGCUACAACUCCACCCAGCAGCUCCUGGAGAAAUAUGGCGGUGGCACCCUCAAGCGCACCAAGUCCCGAACCGGCGACGAGAAGCGCAAGUCUGACGCCUCCGCGGCCGCCGGCAAGAAGCGUAACCAACAACAACAGCAGCAGCAGCAGCCAUUCGUUCAACGCACGGGGCUACCUCCACCCCCGACGGCCAAUAUCCGUCGUACACCGCAACACCAACAACAACAACAACAGGCGCAACACCCUCUUCCCUCUCCGUUCAUGAUUCCAGGCCACGAGCAGCGGCAGCAGCAGCAGCAGGGGCCCAGGUCGGGGCCGGGGUCGAACCUACCCUCACCGCCUGCAUUCGACGAGCCGGGUUUCGCGCCCAAUGCCUUCUCCUCCACCCCGCCGCAAUACAUCGAAUCCUCACACUGGUAUGAUCGGUUGCUGGACGUGUUGCUGGGCGAGGACGAGACGCAGCCCAAGAACCGCAUGGUGCUGAUCUGCGCCACCUGUCGGCUGGUCAACGGCCAGGCGCCCCCCGGGGUUAAGUCAUUGGAGGAGCUGGGGCGCUGGCGGUGCGGGAGCUGUGGCGCGUGGAAUGGCGAGGAGAGCGAGGCCAAGAAGGUGCUUGCGGGCAUACGGAAUGAGCCUGCACUUACCGCUGCCGCCGCCGCUGCCGCUGCGGAGAACACCGAUGUCGAGGUCCAGUCGUCUGUUAGCGAGCGAUCGGACGACGGGGUGAUUGUUGCGGCCAGUGACGAUGAGCAGGUCGAUUCGGGGAGUGAUGGCGUCGAGGGGGCCGAGGAUCAGUUGGUGGAGGAUGAAGCAGAAGACGAGGAAGAGGAAGAGGUGAAGAAGGAGGAACCUGUUCCGAAGACGACUCGUGGACGUGGUAAAGCGGGGAAGAGAAAGGGCUGAGCUACGAUCGUAGACUCCUUAGGGACUUUUGUAUCAUUGCUUUUAUUCUCUUGGUAUGGUUGGGACAAUACAUCAUUCUUACUCC